AAAAUGGAAACCCAAGUGACACAAGAUGGUGCAACACUGAGUUGGAGGAGGACGGCUACACUCCCUCCUUAUUAUUCCCUUAUUUUGUGGCUCCGCUUUAUUAUUCCGGUGUUAUUGGAGGUCCAGUAAAGCGCAUGACACUUGCUUCACCAGCUGGACGCAAGGAUGGCUUUCGUGAAAAUUCUUCCAGUACCUCGGUGGGGUUUGCUGGGCUAUUGCUUGAUCAAAACCGAUGUAAUACAGUUGGUGGAUCUAGAGUGUGUGUCAACGCAGGUGACCAUUCGUGGGUUUGUAGCACAAGUGAAUGCUAAACUAACAUACCAUAACUCCAGCUCCGAGGCCCUGCAGGUUCAUUACCGACUUCCAGUGGAUGAAAGUGCUGCUGUGUAUAAAUUUGAAGCUCGCUUGGAUGGACGAAUAAUUUACACACAGUGCAUGGAAAAGAAAAAGGCAGAAAAAGUGUACAAAGAGGCUGUGAGUGCUGGAAAAACAGCAGUGUUGGCUCGACAAGAUGAAAAUGCUUCAGAUGUGUUGCAUCUGAACCUUGGCAACCUCCCUGCAGGCUCAAAAGCUGAACUGACCAUCAGCCUUGUGAUGGAGCUGAAAGUACAGGUUGAUGGCGGAGUGAAGUUUGUGCUGCCAACAGUUCUCAACCCUCGGUAUAGCCCCUCAUUGAUUACAGAUGUCAGUGCUCCAGGUUUUGGCAGUGAUGUUCAUAUAGCAAGGAUAGUUACUGUACCCAAAGCAUAUGUCAUUGAUAUCAAGUGUGACAUAACAGGAGGUCACGAUAUAGGGCGAGUCAUCUCGCACACUGAUUCUCUCAAUGUCGCCAUUAGUGAUGAUCUCAAAUCUGCACAAGUAACACAGGAUGGGGGUUUCAAGAGUGAUCAUGACUGGAGUCUCCUGAUCUACUAUGCUAAUCCCUACAAGACUCACAUAAUCCGUGAAACUGGUGACCGCUCUACCACAGGACUAAUGAAAGAUGAUCUGAUUAUGCUCAAUCUUUUUCCUGAGGUUCCAUCCAAGAGUUAUUCCAACAAAAAUGAGAUCAUUUUUGUAAUUGAUCGUUCAGGAAGCAUGGGAGGUGAGAAGAUCCAGAGUGCUCGAGCAACACUGCUGCUCUUCCUCAAGAGUUUACCCAUCGGCUGCUUCUUCAACAUCAUCAGCUUUGGCAGUGAUUUCUGCUCACUUUUUCCUGCAGGAAGCUGUGAAUACAAUGAAGAGACCUUAGCAAGAGCUUGUGAACUGCAGAGAAAUUUAUAUGCUGACAUGGGAGGCACAGAGAUUCUUCGUCCUUUUCACAGCAUUUACUCUAAACCUCCAAAGCCUGGGUAUUCAAGACAAAUUCUCUUGAUAUCUGACGGUGAGGUGUGGAACGUAGAUCAGGUGACUCAACUGGUGGGCCGUCAUGUUCAUGAAACUCGGGUGUUUGCUGUGGGAAUUGGUGACGGAGCUUCCACGGCUCUCAUACAUGGAGUGGCCAGGGCUGGUAAAGGAUAUUCAGAAAUGGUUUUCCAACAAGAUAAACUUCAACAUAAGGUAAUGGGACUGGUGAACUCUAUGGUACAGGAGAGUGUACAGGACGUGAGGGUCACUUGUGAGGUGGAACCCACCAGCAGAGUUACACUCCUCCCCAAAGUUCCACCUGUUAUCUUCGGUGGUCAGCAUCUGGUGUUAUACACUAGGCUGCCUCCUACUACCACUGUGAAGGAAAUAAGCAUCAAGGGCAACAUUGGAUCAGCCGAGCUGAGUAUUAGCAUCCAGGGCAGUGACAUUGUCAUGGUUCAUGACACAGAGAUGAGUCUUCACCGCCUGGCAGCACGAGCACAGAUCAACCAGUGGCAGCUGGAUGAAGAAGAGGAUGUUGCAGACGACAUGAUUACUCUCAGCGUGUCUAGUGGCGUAGUGUCAAAAUUGACAGCACUGGUCGGUGUGGAUCAGGAGGGAAAUCAAAUUGAACAAAGUCACCUUAAAGAUAUUCAUACAUUUAUGAAUGCAAAUCUGGGCACCUCUUGGGGAACUGCACGCUCUGCAAUGUAUACUCCAGCUUGUGCUCAAAUGAUGUCUAGUCCUCCUCCAAGAGGGUGUCGGGUUGGUUUUUCAUUCCAAUUAGGUGGCUCUCAAAUUCCUGGUGUUAGUUUAUCAAGUCAGGGAGGUGGCCAACAAACUUUUGGUUUUGGUUCAUCAAGUCAGGGAGGUGGCUUUUUUGGUUCAUCAAGUCAGGGAGGUGGCCUUAUUGAUUCAUCACGUCAGGGAGGUGGCCAACAAACUUCUGGUUUUGGUUCAUCAGGUCAGGGAGGUGGCCUUUUUGGUUCAUCAAGUCAGGAAGGUGGAGUUUUUGGUUCAUCAAGUCAGGGAGGUGGCCAACAAACUUUUGGUUUUGGUUCAUCAAGUCAGGGAGGUGGCCAACAAACUUUUGAUUCAAAAAGUCAGGGAGAUGACCCUCUGCUUUUAAGUUUUAGUUCAAGCACUGGUGGCCCUCAGCCUUGUAGCUUUGGCUCAAGCAUGGGUAGCCCACAGACUAUAGGGUCAGAAAGUCAGGGAAGUGGCCCUCAGCCUUUUAGGUUUGGUUCAAACAUGGGUGGACUGCAGACUUUAGUGUCAGAAAAUCAGGGAAGUGGCCCUCAGGCUUUUAGGUUUGGUUCAAGCAUGGGUGGACUGCAGACUUUAGGGUCAGAAAAUCAGGGAAGUGGCCCUCAGGCUUUUAGGUUUGGUUCAAGCAUGGGUGACCCACAAACUUUAGUGUCAGAAAAUGAGAAAAAUGGCCCUCAAACUUUAGGUUCAAAAAGUCAAGGAAGUGGCCCUCAUGCUUUUAGUUUUGGCUCAACAAGUCAGGGAAGCAGCCCUCAAGGUUUUCGGUCACUAUCAGCAAAGAUGGCCUGCAAACGUUGA